ACAAACAGCCUGCUCUUCACAUCAAAUUUUGUUUCUCCUUUCCAAUAGACAAUCAUUUUCAGUAUUACCAAUGACAGAGAUGAUACCACAACUCUUGAUAUUCCGUCUAUGGCACGACGCAAAACUGCCAUCGACGAUUCUAUGGUACGCACAGAAAUACCUGUACUAUUAUCCACAACGUUUAGGGAUAAUAGUACAGGUAUAACACGCCUCGGUCACGAUGGGGGAUCUCGAAUCUACAACUAACCAUUUCCUUUCCGUCAUACUUUCCGGGCAUACUUCCUCCGAGGUCGAUGGCUUUUUAGAGGUGAGUCCCUCUCUCGUUUUGUGUAUUGGUCGCUCCUUCGUUUUGUGCAUUGGUCGAAGAACGAGUCUCGUGGUUCCUUCUCCAAUUGGAAACUCAUUUCAUUCCAACAAUUAUAUUCUGAUCAGUUGGCAGUGAAAACUAAAUCCUCUAACUGCUCCGACAUCGAGGAACGACUUCGGUGAUACAACAAAAUUUACCUUCUCUCAUUCAUUUUCCUUCGAAAUUUUAUACAUUCCAAUCUGUUUUCAUCAAUCUAUCUUCAUUUCUCCAUCAAACCCUCGCAUCUUGUCCUCAUCUGUCUUCUCUCCAUCAAUCGAUACGAAUCCGAACAACGAGACAAGUUUUGAAGCAUUUAUUCUCUGUUCAGCCGAUUUACAACCAUGCAAGUAGCUCCUUGAUAUUUCUUUAGGUUUCACUCAAUUUAUCUGUAUUCGGAUUAAACACUGUUAUCGAGACCAAAGUAUCUCGGGUUUCCUUGACCCGCAUAUCUGUCCCUGGAAACUCUGCAGACAAGGUUAUAUCCAUAUUCGAUUGUACUACUUAGAUGGUAUUGAUGAUCGUUACUAAUGAUUUCAACUGGUGCAGGCCUUCUCUUACAACUCAGCCAACUCUACCACUUCAAUCACCCCCACCAGUCCAAGCAAGUAAGACAGGCAACAAAGAGACAACACAAAGCAAGAAGAAAAAGCCAAAGUCUAAAUUCAAGGGCAAGUCUCUCAGCAAACAAAUCAAGCAGGCAAAGAGACAACGGGAUUUCAUCGCUAGCAAGUUACUAUGCUGUGCAGCUGUCUCUAAGACAGCAGUUUCCCACUAGACGUUGCAAAGUUGGACAGGUUUGUCAAUGACAUGGAUGUCGAUGAAGAUUAAUUUGCUGCUUCAAACUCGCGUGGUUAGAAUCACGAGCAAAAAAAGUUCAAUCCCAAAAAGUUGAAUUGGAGGUCAUUGAUCUGGUCUCUAGUGAUGACGAAGAAAUGGAAAUUGAUGGAAGUGGAAAUCCUGCGAAGACUGACACUGCACGUACAAUGCCCUCAACGUCUUCGGCCGAAGCUUCGUCAUCAAAAUCUACCAAUCUGACCGGCUCAUCUUCCACCAUUGAGAAACCGGCUGAUGAUUCAGAGCGAGCCUCCAAUGAUGUUGAUAAUCUAACCGGAUACCACAUGAGCCAUUCAACUCCGAGAGCACAAGCCGAACUAAUUCUCACGCCUCUAGACUAUUAACAAAGUUUAGCAGUCUUAGUCCUGAUGCGUUAUCACCUGAGACAAAAGAUUCGUUCCGCCAUGAUAAUAUCAUCUUGGACGAAGCUGUUAUCUGGGCCAAUAACAGAUUCAUGUGUAUUCCGAUCCCGCUUGAGAUUGAUCCAAGUUUAAAGCCAACUAUCGGACUUCGUCGAAUGCCUCCAAGCAUCGACAGUCUUUGCACGGCUGUUCAAAUCAGAAACAAGGCGAAGCUGUUACACAAAAUUGCGGUAAUCAAUGAAGUUAGUUCAGCAUUGAACGAAGAGUCGUGUCUCCAUAUGAUAGCUUCAGGGAUCCGAUAUUAUAUAUCUUUCCCCUUCAGAUGUACUUCUCCAGAAGCUCACAAUCACCAGCUCCAAGACGGAAAAUUGGAUUUACAGUUGUACACAGCAAUUUACUAUACUGUGCAGCUGCAUCUGGAGCGACUUGACGUAACUGAGGUAGCUUGGUUAAUUCAAAACUACAGCAUAUUCCUCCUCUGUGGAACAAACAGUUGUAUAAUUGCAAUAUACCUAAUUGCCGAAAACAUGGAUUCCAAUGUACAAAGACAACCAUGCCACAAGUUUAAUUCGAAUAGUAAGUUUAUGCAUAAGAAUAUAUCUAAGAACUUUAUUGAUAUAUAUAGAAAUCUGUUACCAUCUCCCCGUGUGCAUCAGAGGCCAAAGAUUUCAUAAUCGGCUGAUCCAAGUUCAUUUCCCAGCAAUGCACUCAAACUCCUGGUUUAACUCUUGGAUAACCAUAAUUAUUGGCCAUGGAGGCAAUGAAUUUGAAGAGUAUGAUAUUUAUUCUACAACAAUAACCCCAUUUAUUUUGAUAUUCGGAUUCGCUAACAAGAAGAAACAGAUUCGCAGAAUUCUUGCAUCCUACUACGGAAAAUGUGCCGGAUAGGUUAUAGGCUGGGGUUAAGGGUAAUUCGUUGCGAAAUGAGCUAGUUGACACCGGAAAGAAGUGAGGGUAUCUACAAAUCAAUUAAGUUUAUACAAAAAUGAUUGAAGGCUUGCCCACUUUAGCAUUUUAGCUGUGUGCAAAAUAGUUGGCUGUAAGAACUAAGAAGAAAAGGUUCAGCAUUAGAUAAUAGAAAAUA